GCUCUGGUCACUGGUCUGGUCUGGUGGUGGUCCUCCACUUCGGUCCUCCUCUUCUCUACUCAGGUGGUCUUCUGCGUUUUGACGACUAGCCCAUCCCAACCCAACCCAAUUUCAGAUAUAUCUUUCUCUCUUCUCUGUCUGAAACAAACAAACAAAACAUAGAGAGAGAGUAGAAGAUGAAGAGAAAAGAAAGUAAUCUCAUCCCUCUCUUUUACUCAUCAUAAUCAUCAUCACCAUCUACAUUUCUUCUACAUACACACGUACGCAUGUUCUCUUCAAAUCUAGCUUGACCACCACUAUUGAAGCUUUAAUGUUGGCACCGAGCAUAUCUCCGACGGUGAGUAGUAGUAGUUUUAUUAAUAAUUUGGACACAGAAGAAGAGCACUGGAGGAAUUUCGAUAGCACUGUUAAUGCCGUUUCAUUUGGAUUUAUAGCUACUGCCGUUCUCGUCUCUAUGUUCCUUGCCAUGGCUAUCUUCGAGAGGCUCCUCCGCCCCAGACCCUCCUCCUCCUCCUCCUCCUCCUCCGCCCACCACCAUCUAGAUCUCGAGGCCUUCAACGCCGGCAAGCUCCAUUAUCCUCCUUCUCCCAAUAAUUGUUCUUCUCCUCCUUAUGCUAAAGACAUGUCAUCGGUGUUAAUGCCCGGAGAAGAAGUUCCAACCUUUAUAGCUCACUCGGUUCCAGCAGGCUAACCCAAUACAGUCCAGCUUCUCCAUCUUCAUUUCUUGUAUAACAACAAUGUACUUUAAUCAUGCACCUCCUAAUCUUAUAUAAUCUUCUUUAUUUAUGUUCAUACAUAGUUAAAGAUAUAGCAUUUAAU